AUGGGCGACGCUGGUCUUCCAAGAUCACUACAGGAGAGCUUGGAAAACACCAAGGUCUCGUAUGUCCAGCUGGGAAAAUGUGGACUCCGCGUGUCGGUUCCAAUCCUAGGAGCUAUGUCCUUUGGACACAAAGCGUGGCAAAAGUGGGUCGUCGACGACCCUGCUGAAGUGGACCAACUCCUCAAAGGCGCCUACGACCGUGGCCUCAACACCUGGGACACCGCAAACGUGUACUCGAACGGCGUAUCCGAGAAACUCAUCGGCGCGACCAUCAAGAAACACAACAUUCCCCGCCACAAGCUCAUCCUGCUGUCCAAAUGCUUCGGCCCUGUGGGCGAGGAACCCGAUGUCGUGCACAUCAAGUACUUGCAAGAAAUGAAGAAGAGUAAAGACUAUGUGAAUCAAGGUGGAUUGAGCCGAGCAGCUAUCUUCAAUGCCGUGGAAAAGAGUCUCGAGCGCUUGGGCACGGAUUAUUUGGAUCUGCUACAGAUUCAUCGCUUCGACUCUACGGUUCCAGUCGAGGAGACGAUGAAGGCUCUGCAUGAUCUUGUCGAACGGGGAAAGGUCAGGUAUAUUGGUACGUUUCCCUCCCCUGUCUUUCCCCAUCUAUUCCAAUUCCCUUCCGGUCUUGGUCUCUCCGAUCCUGUUUUCUCCCUUCUUGCCGUCGUAUGCCUUCUCCCCAAACUUGUUGAUAACACGGCAAACUCCAUUCCAGGCGCAUCAUCCAUGUGGACAUAUCAAUUCGCCAAGAUGCAAUCCUGCGCCGAAUCCCAGGGUUGGACCAAAUUCGUCUCCAUGCAGAACCACUAUUCGCUCUGCUACCGCGAAGAAGAGCGCGAGAUGAACCCCUACUGCCACGAGACCGGCGUUGGCCUCAUCCCUUGGGCUCCGUUAUACCGUGGUCUGCUUGCGCGCCCAUUAGGAUCAGACACUACAACCCGCGAAGAAAGCUUGAAGGGGAGCUCGUUGUUUACUGGGGUCGACGCCGCGGAUGCGGAAAUCAUCAAGCGCGUCAUGAAACUCGCGGACGAAAAGGGCUGGAAGAUGAGCCAGGUCGCGCUCGCCUGGAUUAUUCAGAAAGGAACCAUCCCGAUUGUCGGCUUCAGUAACUUGAGUAGGUUAGAUGAGGCGUGUGAGGUUCGAGGGAAAAAGCUGACGGAGGAGGAGAUGAAGUAUCUGGAAGAGCCGUAUAAGCCGAAGGCGAUUGUGGGGCACUCUUAG